AUGAGCAGCGAAAAGCUCAAAAACGUCACUCAAUGGCCGAAAUGGCUACAGAGGGUGACCACGCUUGCGGAAGACAAAGGUAUACUGGAAUAUAUUGACCCAGAUCUCUCUGAGUCAGAGAUUAGGCAACUUGGCCCAGAACCCAGUGACUUCCCUGAGAAACCAACCUUGAGGAGAGGAGAUGAUGAAGAGACACACAGAAAGAACGAACGUGCUCGCAGAGAAUGGAGAGACGAUGUCGACACAUUCAAAUACCAUAAGAAUGAGUGGGACAAGAAGCAUAAAGCAAUCGGCGAACUGAACCAGUAUAUUACUACGAAUCUUGAGCAGACCCUCCAGGAUCUAGUUCUAUCUCAGAAAGGUCCGUACGCAAAGCUUGUCUUUCUCCAGAAACGCUUUGGAAAAUCGACGUCGAAGUACACCAAUAUUCUUGAACAAUGGAUGAAUGUCAUGACGAAUCCGCCAAGAGAAGGAACGAACAUACUACUCUGGCUGGAUGCUUGGGAAACCAAGAGACAGGAAGCCGAAUCUGAGGGUAUUGUCCUUGCAAAAGACAGCAAAGACUUACGUUCUCUCUUCAUUCGUCUAACACGCGAGAUUCUACCAUUCUGGUGGCAGCAAUGGCACUCAAAAGUUGUCAUUCAAGGAGAUAGUUCUGAUAUUCAGACUAUUCUUGAUGAUUUUAGGACUACAUACGAAGCAUUUAACACCCAAACAACUCCCGGAACAGCCCUUAAAGGAGCAUUCGCUACCUGGCAAGGCAACCCGGAAGCCGGGAACCAACCUCCUAUAGAUUUAAAGCCCUCAAGCUUUGAAGAAAGAGGAUGCACAUGUGGUAUGCGACACUCUGUUGAACGCUGCUGGUUCCUAAACAAGAAGUCGAAUCGUCCGCCAAACUACAAGCCAAAUAAUUCUGUUAAAGAGGCGGUCGAAGCUGCGUUCAAGGACGAUCCUAAGUGGAAAGAAUGGGUGUUCUCAAGAAUAAACCGCGCAAAUCAGAAAGCAUCAAAGACAAGUUCUAUCUCUGAUUAUAUAAUGAUCCUAACUUCGAUCUAA